AUGGCUUCCCCUCAGCAGAUCCGGACUCCCCUCACGGAUCUUUUCAAGAUCAACCACCCCGUGUUGCUGGCCGGCAUGAACGUCGCCGCUGGCCCACGCCUAGCAGCCGCUGUCUCCAAUGCUGGAGGUCUGGGUGUCAUCGGCGGUCUCGGCUACACGCCUGACAUGCUUCGCGAGCAGAUUGCCGAACUGAAGAGCUAUCUUAUUGACAAGAAUGCUCCGUUCGGCAUCGAUCUCCUCCUGCCCCAAAUCGGAGGAAACGCGAGGAAGACCAAGUGCGUGAUGACGAAUUGCGACCCAAAUGCAGAUUUAGAUUUUAGCUACGACUACACAAAGGGAAAGCUCAACGAGCUCAUCGACGCCAUUAUCGACUCAGGAGCCAAGCUCUUCGUGUCCGCUGUUGGUGUGCCUCCCAAGGCUGUCGUUGACAAGUUACACGCCAAUGGCAUCGUCUACAUGAACAUGGUCGGCCACGUCAAGCACAUCAAAAAGUGCCUCGCCCUCGGUGUUGACAUCAUCUGUGCUCAAGGUGGCGAAGGAGGAGGUCACACGGGUGACACACCAACUACAGUCCUCAUCCCAGCUGCCGUAGAAGCUUGCAAGGGUCAUAAUUCUCCACUCACAGGGCAGCCCGUGCAGGUUGUGGCAGCCGGCGGUAUUCACAAUGGCCAGCUGUUGGCAGCAGCCCUUAACAUGGGAGCCAGUGGGGUGUGGGUGGGCACCAGGUUCAUUCUUACUGAGGAGGCCGGGGCUACAGACCAUCACAAGGAAGUUGUCCGUACUGCUGGUCACGACGAUAACAUCCGGACCCUUGUCUACAGUGGCCGUCCUAUGCGGGUGAGGAGCAACCCAUACCUGGAGGCGUGGGAGAAUGAGCGCAAGCAGGAGCAGCAAGCGCUUCUAGCCAAGGGGGUCAUCCCUUAUGACGCGGAUGUGGACGUUGCCAGUGUCAAGGAUGACGAGGCCAGGCUUGACGAGCUUGAGAAGUAUGACAAGCUCCUGAUGGGCAAGUGUGCUGCUGUUGUCAAUGAGUUGAAGCCUGCCAAGGCUGUUGUUGAUGAAUUUGUCACUGAUGCGACUGCUUGGAUAAAGAAGACCCAUGGCAUGAUUGCUAAGCUAUAG